AUGGAAGCCCUGAAGCCCCCCACCGCAGUCGAGCCAUUCCAGCCAGCGUUCUGCAGUCGUCCCGGUCCUGCGUGUGGGAGUGGUGUUAGGGGUUUCCAAAUGAAUGUUCCAGGCAAGUACGAUAAAGUAACGUUCUCGAUGUCUUCUGAUCCGUUCAUCGCUUCCAGCCAACUUGUAUCUGUUCCACCGUCACCACUAAUGAAAUCAACCCUGGGACGCACUGAUGUCGGCUUCAUGGAAGCUCUGAAGCCCCCCACCGCAGUCGAGCUAUUCCAGCCAGCGUUCUGCAGUCGUCCCGGCCCUGCGUGUGGGAGUGGUGGAAGGGUCUUCCAACUAGAAAUUGAAGGCAAGUUUAACUCCUGUAAUCAAUCAGCGGUCCCUGAUCCGUGCAUUGCUUCUAGCUCAUUAACGACUGCACCAGUUACCCUAGCACAAGCUUCGCAAGAUGGUGAUGACGAUAUCGAUAUUGCGCCUACUAUCGAGCCAGUGCCGCAAAUGGUCAACAACUCCGACGAACAGAGCAUUGGUGUCUCGAUUUAUUACCAGAAUGUUCGAGGACUGCGAACGAAAAUUGAGGAUUUCUACACGGCUGUCACUGCUUCACUAUACGAUGUGAUUGUGCUGACUGAGACCUGGCUAGAUGAAGUGAUUCCGUCGUGCAUGCUGUUCAACAACGACUACAUGGUUUAUCGCGGGGACCGAACGCCGCUGACAAGUACCAAAACACGUUCUGGCGGUACACUCAUCGCGGUGAAGUGCACCAUCCCGUCCAACCUGAUUCCAGUCGAUGAAGUUGGAUUUGAACAUGUGUGGGUGUCCUUGAGAACGAAUAGAUGCAAUCUUGCAAUUGGAGCGGUGUAUAUUCCUCCGGAUAAAGCAUCCGAUGCACAACUUAUUAACCGCCAUAUAUCCUGCAUGGAAUCCGUGAUGUCAUCUUCCAAACAUGAUGCAGCGGCAGUAUUUGGUGACUACAAUCGUCCAGGAAUUCGCUGGAUACGACACGUGGAUCACACAUGUUCCGUGGACGUCGCCUGUUCAUCUCUAACACAGUCCAACGUAACAUUGCUUGACGGAAUGAGCUCAAACAAUAUGUGGCAACUAAAUGACUUGAAGAAUCAGUACGGCAACGUCUUGGAUCUACUAUUUGUCAGUGAAGAGUUGGUGAAUGUUUCCACUAUUGAAGAAGUUGACGAUCCUCUCGUUUCAAUCGAUCCCAAUCACAAACCUUUUCUGUUUUGCGUCGAAAACUGUGGUCCAACGAUGGAUGCAUUCGAGGACGACUUCGAUUUCAAUGCAUUAGACUUCAGAAAAGCAGAUUUCAGUGGACUGAGUGAACACCUGACACUGGUUAAUUGGUCAAUUGUGACUAGUUGCACUACUCUAGAUGAAGCUGUUGAGAAAUUCACGGACAUCCUCCAGAACGCAUUUGCGAUGUUUGUGCCACAACGUCGUCCCCCGAAAAAGCCAGCUUGGUCGAACGCCGAACUGAGACUUCUGAAGCGGAAGUGCAACGCAGCCAAUAGAGUAUACCAGUCAGGUUUACCGUCGUCAAUGUAUCUGGACCACCAACGUGCCAAUAGCCUGCCCGAAAAAUGUGAACUGUUCGCCUCUUUCUUCAGUUCCGUGUUUGCCAAUAAUCGCGGAAGUGCUGAUGCUGCAUUGGAAUUGACGCCAGCUGAUUGCGUAGAUGUUACUACGUUCGUUGUGUCACCUGAAUCCUUGCGAAAAGCAGUAAAAAAGCUGAAGUCGUCUUAUCAGCCUGGACCUGACGGAAUCGCCGCAUGUAUCCUGAAGAAAUGCAGUCAGCAAUUGCUGGAGCCUCUCGCUUAUCUGUUCAAUUUUUCAUUAAGAGCUUCAACUUUUCCUACGCGUUGGAAAGCAUCGUUUAUGUUUCCGGUGCAUAAAAAGGACAGCAAAAACGAUGUACGGUGUUAUCGUGGUAUUACAUCGCUCUGCGCGUGUUCAAAGUUGUUUGAGAUAAUUGUGUCGGAACACCUGUUUAGCCGGACGAAGAAUUACAUCUCUAUGAGCCAGCAUGGAUUUUUCCCAGGAAGAAGCGUCUCGACAAACUUGUGCGAAUUCACAUCUUUUUGCCUGCGCAACAUUGAUCAAGGUCGACAAAUAGAUGCUGUUUACACCGAUCUGAAGGCUGCAUUCGACAAGGUUGACCAUGAUAUACUGCUGAAAAAACUAGGAAAGCUUGGAUUUUCUUCCAAUUUAGUGGAAUGGCUGCGUUCAUACCUUUGCGGUAGGAAACUAGCAGUGAAAAUUGGUUCGUCUAUCUCGCGUUGGUUUGUAAGUAGUUCGGGUGUACCCCAAGGAAGCAAUCUGGGCCCGCUUCUUUUUUCUUUGUUCAUAAACGACGCUAUCCUACACCUUGGAGACGGAUUUUGCUUAGCAUAUGCUGAUGAUCUGAAGCUGUUCAUCCUAGUAAAUAGUAUUGAUGAUUGUCGCAAACUCCAGACUGUGCUUGAUAAGUUUGCAGCGUGGUGCAGUGCUAAUAAGAUGCAACUAAGCAUCCCCAAAUGUUUUGUCGUUAGUUUCCACCGCAAAAUGAGUCAUGUGCCGUUUGAUUACACCAUUGACGGGGAAUUGUUAAACAGAACCGAAUCAAUUCGUGAUCUUGGCGUGACGCUAGAUUCGGCUCUAUCAUUCAGGAAUCACCAUGAAGAAGUUAUCGACAGAGCACGCCGUCAAUUAGGGUUUGUGAGCAAACUGUGCAAAGAGUUUAGAGACCCGUAUACGCUCAAAUCGUUGUAUGUUAGUCUCGUUCGACCUAUUCUCGAAACCUCUUCGAUUGUAUGGGAUCCAUAUCACAGCACUGUCGCCUCCCGGAUAGAAUCCGUUCAAAAGCGGUUCAUCAGGUUCGCGUUACGGAACUUGCCGUGGAAUGACCCUUUAAAUCUGCCACCGUAUGGGAGCCGCUGUGAAUUGAUAGGACUGGAAACUUUGAAGCAGAGAAGAAAACGGGCUAAGGCUAUGUUCGUAGCAAAACUUCUAUCGGCGGAGAUUGACGCGCCCAACUUGCUUCAGAUGAUCAACUUCAACGUUCCUGGAUAUGCUCUUCGUCGCCCCGAAUUCCUCCGAUUGCCUUUCAGACGCCGUGAUUAUGCAUCCCAAGAGCCGGUGCGAUCAAUGAUGGAGUGCUUCAACGAAGUAGUACACUUGUUUGAUUUUAAUAUUACGACUAAGAGGUUUAAGGCUAUUCUAACACGUGUUAUGUUCAAUUAGUUGUAUAUUUUUAUUCAUUAAGACAUCACUGUCGGAUGAAAUUCUCAAUAAUAAAUAAAAAAAAAAAAAUAAAAAACUUCGAAUGAGUGUUAUCAGUUUUGUACCUUUUAAUUCCGCGCCAAUUACUUAUCCUUUGACAAAUACGCAUACUUCGACUACCACUUAUAAUCUUCCUCAGUGUCAGUUAUCCGCUCCACUGAGGAAGAUUACAAGAGUCGAAAUACGCGUAUCUGUCAAAGGAUAAGCAAUUAGGACGGAAUUAAAAGGUACGAAACUGAUUACACUCAUUCGAAGAGGGUAUUCUGCUUAGAGGGUUCCAAAAGUCGGUACAAGAUGUCGUUUAACGUUAACCGUUCUCUGAUGUGUUUUUUGGCUUUGCUUUUCACAAGGAAACCGUUUUCAUCGAUGAUAUCAUACGUAUUUCUAGCGUUCCAUUCCGUUACACAUCCAAAUACUAUUAGAAAAUUCAUCGUUACAUAUCAUGUUUCGAAACUGAAAUCAAACAUGCACAAACCAUACAAAAGCCUACAAAAAAUGUGAUUAAAUUGGCUCAUACACACAUGUCGUGCCGUUGACAGUUUUUUCCUAAUAAAUUCACAUUCACACUCUCCUCGACUUGCUAACGAAUAUGAAAAACCCACAUGGUCUAGUUAUUUACGGGCUAUAGCCAAAAUAUAAUCGGCAUCGUAGCGUCGUCGUCAUCGUAACGAAACGAAUUGAAUAAGAUGCGGACACGUUUUUCCCGCAUCACCUACCUCUAUACGUUACGGUGUGUGCCGAUCUCAGAAGGGAACAUGUAAGCUUGAGGACGGUUGAAGUUGAGCCCAGCGACGUAUUGUAUGUGUAUUUAGGUUUGUCAUAUUUUAUAAUUUUCAUCAUUUUUUCCUGCUUCAUGUUUUUCGAAUGGAAGUCGCAUAUUGCUCCAUGGCCAUGCUCGGAUUGACACACAAGAGUGCUGGAAAGAAUCAGUAGGGGACAUGUUUUUUACUCCGCUGCGUUCCGCUCAGAUUGAAUGAAAGUGAAAUAAAUUACGGAUUUAAGGUUAUUACUCCUGUGGGACGGCUUAGCAGCUCUGCCAAAUGGUGAUCGAGAGCGUGUCGUGGUUCUCGUAAUUGGAAAAACGGCUCUAAUCUUGUGAGCGCAAUGUUUGCCGUUCCCCGGCGCCCUAGAAUCGCUACAAACGAGUUCGAGGAAAAUUGUUCUGCUCAUCGCAUCACAUCGGGGCCAUCUGACUAAUGCGCUAUCGCUGAAUGGUGGGUGAAUGGUGCUGCUGACGGCAAUCGAGUCCAAAGUAGGUUCCUUGAUUGAUCAAAAUAGGAUUGACGCCAACAUCCAUCAGAGAGUAGUGCUUCAAUGGAGGACCGAGAUGUGAACUAUCGUUUCCUUGUUUGGUUCUAUCAUGCUGUGCUCACUGCUUAGUUCCUCUAGGAGGUUGAACUAGAUUCGACUCAGACAGGCGACUCCGCAUCAGGGAGCAUACCUGAACCCACCGAGCGUUUGUCGUUUCGGUCUCAAUGAAGACCGUGUUGGCCUCGUUCCAUCAAUCUAAUUUAGCAUGUACGAAUGAACCGCAGCCGCCGCCUGACCGACACUAGAGUUAUUGAGAGCGAUCCAUCAUGGUUGUUAGGUUGACGGGAUUGGUCAUGCACUCAAGAUUGGAGGGUCGUACUUACGAGCGCCUGACAUUCUUGCAGCAUUAACGAAGAUUUUUGAACGAGCCAGUUUGAGAAUAUGUGUAAUAUUUAUCAAUAAAUAUUCGAAACAGGAUUCCCCGCCGUAUCGAGCAAGUAUAUUGGUUCUUCUUCUUCUUUAUGGCUCGACAUCCCCACUGGGACUUGGCCUGCCUGGCUUCAACUUAGUGUUCUUUGAGCAUUUCCACAGUUAUUAAUUGAAGGGCUUUCUUUGCCUGCCAUUGCAUGAAUUUGUAUAUUGUGAGGCAAGUACAAUGAUACGCUAUGCCCAGGGAGUCGAGAAAAUUUUCCCGACCGGAACGGGAAUCGAACCCGCCAUCUCCGGAUUGGCGAUCCAUAGCCUUAACCACUAGGCUAACUGGAGACCCCAAGUAUAUUGGUAUACAUUCCAAUGGAUCACAAGGUGAUUUCCCCGCUGAAAAGACAUCCUCGUCCAGCCAUUUCUGCAUAGCAGAUCUGAUCAUUUGGAGAGCCUCUGCAAUGGCUACUUUUGAAGCCAGGUAUAGAGCUUCGUCCAGACCUGGGGCCUUACUAAUACUAAAGGAUUUUGGAUCACCCCACGAGUUCGUUUAUUGGCACUCUGACAGAGGCCCCUCAUUGCAGGCCUUUUUACUUAAUCAUAUCUCGGUCUUGUGCGCGACUUUGGCAGCCGCGAACGCGAACGAAAGAAAUUCCUGGAAGAAUCUCGGAAGGACCAUUUUGGAGAAUCCCGAAAUGAUCUGCAUGUGGAAAACGGUCAAACAUUUUUGGUGGAAUCUCGGAAGAAACUCCUGAAAAGGUCCAAAAAUCUUCUGGAAGAAUCCUGCAGGACAUCCUGAAAGAUACCCGAUGUCAGGGAAAGAACUCCUCGAAGAAUCCCACAAGAAACACUUUGAUGACACCCCGGAAGAAUUUCAGGAGGAAUUUCAGGAUGAAUUCCAGUAUGAAAUCUAGGAGAAAUUCCAGCAUGAAUAAAUCCAGUUUGAAUUCCAGUAGAUAUUCUUGGAUUCCUGGAUUCCUCCAGGAGGAAUUCCAGAGGAAUUCCAGGAGAAAUUCCAGAGAAAUUCCAGAGAAAUUCCAGACGAAUUCCAGACGAAUUCUAGAAGGAAUCCCAGAGGAAUUCCAGAAGGAAUUCCAGAGGAAUUCCAGAAGGAAUUCCAGAGGAAUUCCAGAAGGAAUUCCAGAGGAAUUCCAGAGGAAUUCCAGAAGGAAUUCCAGAGGAAUUCCAGAAGGAAUUCCAGAGGAAUUCCAGAAGGAAUUCCAGAGGAAUUCCAGAACGAAUUCCAGAGGAAUUCCAGAACGAAUUCCAGAGGAAUUCCAGAAGGAAUUCCAGAGGAAUU